UUCAGGCAAUUUCAAAACAGAAUUUAAAAUAUCCUACACUUAACCGUUACUCUUCCGAUCUCGGUGCCAUCCAAAAACUGUUUGAAGGCGACAACUGAAGCAGCAGCUACCGACUGUGUGCAACAGCAGGUCCGAUGCGCCGCCCCGCCGCUGUUUUAACAAACGUUUUGGCAGCGCUGAACGCGACCCCAGGAGUCAGGUUUCAAGGGGGAGACAACAAUGGAGACGUGGUGACCGGUUCGGCUUGUACAAUACGUUACAACAGCAUAUCUCACCGGAGGCAGCAGAUGUGUAAGAGACAGGACUACGGCUCUGCAGAAAGACAAUCAUGGCAGUGGAUGUCCCUGGACUGGUGGCUGUGUUGGUUUUCUAUCUCGUCAUCCUGGUAAUCGGGAUCUGGGCAUCUCGAAAGUCCAAAAAAAUGGAGAAGACAUGCGCUGGAAACAAGAGCGAAGUUACCAUUGUCGGUGGACGCAACAUCAGUGUCUUAGUUGGGGUUUUCACCAUGACAGCAACAUGGGUUGGUGGAGGUUAUAUUAUGGGAACCGCUGAGGCUGUUUAUUCUCCUACUCGAGGUCUUAUUUGGGCUAUGGGGCCUCCUGCAUAUCUUAUUAAUUUUGUUUUGGGAGGACUGUUUUUUGCGAAACCUAUGAGAUCGAAGCGCUACGUGACCAUGUUGGACCCGUUUCAGCAUCGCUAUGGCAACGCGUUCACUGCUACACUACUGCUUCCUGCUUUGGUCAGUGAUAUUUUGUGGGUUGCCUGCAUCCUUGCUGCUCUAGGAGGAACGAUGAGCGUAAUUCUUGGGUUGUCGUCCGCCCUCUCCAUCGUUAUCUCGGCAGUUGUCUCCGUCAUCUAUACAUUUCUAGGGGGUCUCUACUCUGUGGCCUACACUGACAUCAUUCAGCUUUCCUUCAUCUUUGUCAGCAUGUGGCUCUGUAUUCCUUUUUUGUUACUCAGCCCUGCAGUUACUGACAUCUCACAAACAGCCCACAUCAACCAAACAAAUGGCAACUCGUGGCUAGGAGAGCUGGAGCUGGCGGAUGCAGGAAAAUGGGCAGAUGAGAUGAUGCUACUGGCUUUAGGGGGACUGGCCUAUCAAGCUCUGUACCAGAGGAUCCUCUCUGCUGCUUCCUCUGCUCAGGCCCAGGUCACUUGUUUUGCUGCUGCUGGGACAGCAUUUAUCAUGGGAAUUCCCUCUGUGGUCAUUGGAGCAGUGGCAGCCUCUGCAGACUGGAACCAGACAGCGUAUGGUUUACCCCCUCCUUUCGAACGAGGGGAGGCAGGGAAGAUCCUGCCACUGGCCCUGAACUACCUCACACCCACCUGGGUAUCAGUGUUAGGCAUUGGUUCUGUGGCUGCAGCAGUCAUGUCCUCCAUGGACUCCGUGCUGCUGUCCUCAGCAUCAAUGUUUACACAAAACAUUUACAAGACGACUUUGAGGAAGCAGGUGUGUGUGUUUGAAUGUGUUUGGUUCAGCAUUAAGCAAAGUAAUUCCAUUUUUACUAUCCCCUUCCUCUCUCUCUUCCUGCAGGCCUCAGAGCGAGAGCUGCAUUGGGUGAUCCGUGUUAGUGUGCUUCUGGUGGGCCUGGCAGGAACAGGCCUUGCCUUUGGUGAUGACAGUGUAUUUGCCCUAUGGCUUGUAAACGGGGACCUCCUCUACUGCGUGAUCCUCCCACAGCUCAUCUGCGUGCUGCACUGGCACUAUGCUAAUACCUACGGUGCUAUCAGCGGCUAUGUGGUUGGGCUUCUGCUGCGUGGACUGAGCGGGGAGCCAUUGCUCGGGAUCCCUCCUGUCAUCCUGUAUCCUGGCUGGAGGGAGGAGGAUGGGGUUAUCACACAGUACUUUCCCUACAGGACUCUGGCCAUGCUUUCUUCUGUGAUAAGCAUUACUACAGUGUCCUGGCUGGUGGAGCUAGGCUUCUGUCACCAACUAAUACCUCAGUCCUGGGAUUUCCUGGGAGUUUUUGAAGAGAAAAAAGAAGCAGAGGCAGAGGAAGUACCUGUUCCUCUGGAGGAAAAGAACAAUAUCCUUAAUACAAAAUUCUAGGUUUUAGUACAACCAAAACCAAACCUUUUUUUAGGCAAAUUUUUACAGAGUCACAGACUCUUUAUGCACUCUUUAUGUGACCAGAAGGGAGGGUGAUUCAGGGAGUGUUUGUUGGUUUGUUUAUUGUCAGCAGGAUUAUACAAAAAAGUUCGGAACCAGUUUGCAGCGAGCGUGGUGGAGGGAUGGGGCACGGGCCAGGAUAGAACCCAUGAAAUUUUGGUUCAGAUCUGAAUCGUUUACUUUGAAUUUUUAUUUUUUUCUCUAAAGUCUGGCGUAUGUUGUUUUACAAUGGCCCUGGCGGAGGUCUUCUGGUUUAAUCUGUGUAAUGUUUAACUACUGUCACACUUUCUAAGAAGCAGUUUUUCCACCUUGCAUUUAAUAAGCACUCUGGACAAAGUUUGGGUUCUACUGGAGAUGCAAUACUUGAGACGUUGAGCCUGAGUGUUCCUCAGAAACAGAAACACCUUUUAAAGGAUCAUCACCGAAGGACCAUAAAGAUAUAGAAGUAUGCUUAUUAUUUUUAAAUGUUUUAUGAUUGCAUGUGUUCAUAAUAUAUGCAUAUAUAUAUGUCUUUGAUUUUUCCAUCUGAUGGAAUCUGUUUUUAUGUGUGAUUGUGUGUGUGU